AUGUCCCACUCAGGGCAAUGGCCACACGGUGGCAACUACUCUGAGCCCCUCGAUCCUCAUCAGCAUGCUUCAUCUUCGCCUCAGCCUGGAAUCACAGAAAUGGGGACAGGCGCUAGUUACGAUAACGAGCCAGAAGAAGAACCUAGAUCGCCAGAUCCAGAUGCCUUACAUGAUUACAGCCAGACAGACGUAUCCCACGAACCGCCUUCACUUGAACAGCAGCAACAUGCACUUUAUAAAAGCGGGCAGAAGGAUUUAGACGAGCUUCAACUUCUCGAUCUCUCGCCGCUAGCGACAUGGAAACUCUCCUCUCACAAGCGAGGGUUUGGUAUUCCUCAAUUGAGAGCAGAUACCCCUGAUCUAUACUGGCAGUCUGACGGAAGCUCAGGAAACAAUAUGGAGCAUCAAACCAACGAUGGCGGCCAGCUCAGCCAUCCACACUCUAUCACUCUACAGUUCUCCAAAAAGGUAUCACUAGAGCGUAUCUCUAUAUUCACCAACUAUCAGCUUGAUGAGUCGUACACGCCGCUGAAAAUAAAAAUCGUCGCUGGGGGCUCGAUCUGGGAUCUUACAGAUGUGUGUGUUGUUCAUCUCGACAAGCCAAUUGGGUGGUCGCAUAUCGUAUUCAACGGGGUGAGAGGCGAUGGACUACUAAAGUGCUUUGUCGUGAGAAUAAUCGUCUUGGCAAAUCACCAGGACGAGGGAUCGCAGCAUUGCCUCAGGAUUCACAAGUGUAUCAGGGAUCCUGUUGAACAAUCAUUCUUUCGGAGAAUUGCCUACAUCUAUUCGUCGUGCAGAUUCACUCGAAGGGACAUCAAUUGA